CGGCAUGCAUCUGAGUGGUGUAAGAUGGCGGCGUUAGAUGAAACGGAACUAUAACGUUAGAGACCAAGUAAACCGAGGUGAAAAAUCUUUAUACUAUUGAGGUUUUGAGCAAAUAAAACCUGAAAUAGGUUUUGAUCCCUUGCAAGAUGGCAGGGGAACUAACUGAAAAGAGGGACCGUGAGUUGUCUCCAUCCAAGGAGCGUAAGCGGUCCCGUUCCCGAUCUGCUGAAAGAGAACGUGAUAGGAAAGGCUCACCCUCCAAAGACCGAAAAAGGCACCGCUCUCGGGAACGAAGAAGAUCUCGUAGCCAUUCGCGUUCACGCUCUAAAUCCAACGAGAGAGAUAGAAGACAAAAAGACAGAAAGAAAGAAACUCACCGUCGAGACAAGGACAGAAAGCGAUCCAGGACUCCUUCUCCCAGCCGAGGAAAGGAUUCGAAGGUGAAAAAAGAAAAGGAGAUAAAGAAAGAAGAUGAUGAAAGCCAGACAGACAAGAAAACAAAGGCACAGCCUCUGUCUCUCGAAGAGUUGUUGGCCAAGAAGAAACAAGAGGAGGAAGCGGAGGCUAAGCCAAAGUUCCUUUCUAAAGCGGACAGGGCGGCUGAAGCUAUUAAGCGAAGGCAGAUGGAAGUAGAGGAGAAACAGAAGCUACUGGAAGAGGAACGGAAGAAAAGGAAGCAGUUUCAAGAGAUUGGCAGGAGAAUGAUGGAGGAUCCGCAGGAAAGGGAACGAAGAGAACGCAGAGAGAGAAUAGAAAGGGAGAACAAUGGUAACGAGGAUGAUGAAGGAAGGAUAAAAGUCCGUGAGGAGAAAGACAAAACUAAAGAGCUCCAAGCCAUAAAGGAGCGUUAUUUGGGAGGUAUAAAGAAGAGGAGACGGACUCGGCAUUUGAAUGACCGAAAAUUUGUGUUUGAAUGGGAUGCCUCUGAAGAUACAUCAAUUGAUUAUAACCCACUGUACAAAGAGCGUCACCAUGUUCAACUGCUUGGCCGUGGCUUCAUUGCAGGUGUAGAUCUGAAACAACAGAAGCGCGAACAGUCCCGGUUCUAUGGUGAUCUCAUGGAAAAGAGACGGACUAUUGAGGAGAAGGAGCAGGAAGAAGUGAGACUCCAUAAACUUAGAAAGAAGGAAGCAAAACAGCGAUGGGAUGACAGACACUGGUCUCAAAAGAAGCUGGAUGAAAUGACUGACCGAGACUGGCGUAUCUUCAGAGAGGACUACAGCAUUACCACAAAGGGUGGCAAGAUCCCCAAUCCUAUACGAUCUUGGAUCGAUUCUUCACUGCCCCCACAUAUCCUGGAAGUUAUUGAUAAGUGUGGAUACAAGGAACCAACACCUAUCCAAAGACAAGCCAUUCCUAUUGGAUUACAGAACCGUGAUAUUAUUGGUGUGGCUGAGACUGGCAGUGGUAAGACUGCAGCCUUCCUUAUUCCCUUGUUGGUCUGGAUCACAACCCUUCCCAAAAUUGACAGGAUUGAAGAAUCUGACCAAGGACCAUAUGCAAUCAUUCUGGCUCCUACAAGAGAGUUGGCACAACAAAUUGAAGAGGAAACUAUUAAGUUUGGAAAGCCACUUGGAAUUCGUACUGUUGCUGUUAUAGGAGGCAUCUCUCGUGAAGAUCAGGGCUUCCGUCUAAGAAUGGGCUGUGAGAUUGUAAUUGCUACCCCUGGUCGUCUGAUAGAUGUGCUGGAAAAUCGAUAUUUAGUUCUGAGUCGUUGUACAUAUGUGGUACUGGAUGAAGCUGACCGUAUGAUUGACAUGGGUUUCGAGCCUGAUGUCCAGAAGAUUCUGGAACAUGUGCCAGUCACCAACCAGAAGCCAGAUACGGAUGAGGCUGAAGACCCAGAAAAAAUGAUUGCCAAUUUUGAGUCUGGAAAGCACAAGUACAGACAGACUGUCAUGUUUACAGCAACCAUGCCCCCUGCUGUAGAACGUUUGGCAAGAAGUUAUCUGCGCCGUCCUGCAGUGGUUUACAUUGGCUCAGCUGGCAAACCUCAUGAGAGAGUUGAACAAAGAGUGUUCCUCAUGUCUGAAGGCGAAAAGAGGAAGAAAUUGCUUAACUUCCUCGAGAAAGGAUUUGAGCCACCAAUCAUCAUCUUUGUCAACCAAAAGAAGGGUUGCGAUGUGUUGGCUAAGUCACUCGAGAAGAUGGGGUACAAUGCCUGUACUCUCCAUGGUGGUAAAGGUCAGGAACAGAGAGAAUUUGCUCUGUCUAACCUCAAGUCUGGAGCUAAGGAUAUCCUGGUGGCCACAGAUGUGGCUGGUCGAGGUAUCGAUAUUCAUGAUGUUUCCACUGUGGUCAACUAUGACAUGGCUAAAAAUAUUGAAGAUUAUAUCCAUCGUAUUGGAAGAACGGGCAGAGCUGGAAAGAGUGGUGUUGCCAUCACCUUCUUGACCAAAGAAGACUCCUCUGUGUUCUAUGAUCUCAAACAGGCCAUUCUCGAAAGCCCAGUGUCAUCUUGUCCACCUGAGUUAGCCAACCAUCCAGAUGCCCAGCACAAACCUGGUACCAUACUUACCAAGAAAAGGAGGGAGGAGACCAUCUUCGCUUAACUGUUUAUCAUUUCCACUCUUUUUUUAAAUAUUGGAAGAUGACAUACUUGUACAAUCCUUACUGGAUCUACUAGAAUAUGUGUUUUAAAAGUAUGGGCUGCUUUGGCAUUGAAAGACACUUGACACAUUGUCUGGAAUGUUCUAUUUUAAUGAACAAGUAGCACAAAAAUGAUAUUGUGCCACAAAUGCUAUAAUAUGUAGAUAUUUUGUGCUUUAUUGAGAUAUUACAAGAGGGAAUAUUGUGUGGAAAAUAUUUUACAGAUCAUUAGUUUGGUUGGGCUACAUGGUCUGUUUUAGUUGAUCUAAAACAGAGGAACAGGAAUCUGUCCCUUUACUUUGAGUGUGUCACUGCAUUAAAUGGACUUAAGAAGAUACUGCAGACCGAGUAUACUCACUUUUUUUUUUUUUUUUUUUUAUUUGAUUUCUUCUUUAAACAUUUUAAAUAAAGAAUACCCACCUUUUGGAUGUCCAUCAUUUGUUGGAGUACCAGAGCGGUUGGCACACACAAAUAUAUACUGAGCAGUCGGUUUCCUUGGGGAAAAAAAAAAUAAAACUUUGUUUCCCUGCUUGUUUCUCUUUUCCUACAAGUGGAAGGAAAACAAGGAUUGGUGGUGCAAUAGUGCAUGUACUUUUAGUAUUUUCAUCAAAAGUCAUACAUCUUGCAUUACACAAAAAUCAGGACGAAAAGCCAGUGCGUUUGUGACAUGUCUGUGUAGAGAACCCUACUAAAGAUUUGUAAAAUUAUAGUGUGCAGUUGACAAAUUAUCGAUUGUAAAACAUAAAUUUAAAAAUCGUUCACAUCCUCUUGGAUUUUAGCAGUGUCCUGCCAUGGUUGGUUUCUUGCCAUGUACCAUGUGACUAUUCUGGCCUGGUGCCCUUUAAUUGUACGGUAGUUUAUGCAGGAGAUACUUAGAGGAGCUGUCAGCCCAGGCGCGCUCAACCAUAGCCCCCCAGUUGUAAUUUCCAAAGAUUUUCCAAGUAAAAUAAUACUUGGAGAACCAUGUCAGGGCUGCUUUUCUGUUCUUGACACUUAAUACACUUGGAUAUUUAAAAUUGCAUCCUGCAUAUCCUCAGCUCCUGAACUUUUUUUUUUUCUGAUCUUUGGAAAGCUGCAUCACUGCCGCUUCUUAUGUCAUGCUCCCACAUUCAUACACAUUGCUAUUAAAGGGAUACAAAAGGAAAGUGUAGCUUAUGUUUGCAGUCUGCUGUAACUGAAUUGUCAUGUUUUUUUCUGUCAAACACAAUGUUCUACUUUACAGAAUCUAUCUUAAGUAUUCUUUAAAAUUCCUGAACUGUCACUUACUAAAUAUUAAGUCUCUAUUGAGCCAUCUGUAUGAAGAUAUCUUUUGUGGUUGUAAAUACAUCUGUUGACAUUGUA